GGGGGUGCUCAGCCUGAGUCUCACCGCGCCUCUGGAGCUCGUCACCGUGCUGGCCCAGGUCGGCGGGGUGCGGAGCCGCGGCCGGGGGCCGUGGGCCACGGGGUUUGGAUUGUGGCGGACCGAGGGGCCCCGGGCCCUGUGGAAGGGGAACGCGGUGGCCUGCCUGCGCCUCUUCCCUUACAGCGCCGUGCAGCUCGCCGCCUACCGCAAGUUUGUCGUACUCUUCAUGGAUGACCUGGGCCAUAUUUCCCAGUGGAGCGCCAUCAUGGCUGGGAAUCUUGCAGGCAUGGUUUCCACCAUUGUGAUGUAUCCUACAGACCUCAUCAAAACCCGCUUGAUUGUGCAGAACAUACUGGAACCAUCUUACAGAGGGAUCCUCCAUGCUUUUUGUACUAUUUAUCAACAGGAAGGAUUCUUGGCCCUUUAUCGAGGGGUUUCCCUUACUGUUUUAGGUGUUCUCCCUUUCUCUGCCGGCUCCCUUCUAGUUUACAUGAACCUGGAGAAAAUCUGGAAUGGACCCCGAGAUCGUUUCUCUCUCCUCCAGAACUUUGCCAAUGUCUCCUUGGCUGCUGCAGUGACCCAGACCCUCUCCUUUCCCUUCGACACAGUGAAGAGGAAAAUGCAGGCUCAGAGCCCCUACCUUCCCCACUGUGGAGGAGUAGAUGUCCAUUUCUCAGGAGCCAUGGACUGCUUCCAGCAGAUAGUGAAGGCCCGAGGGGUGCUGGGACUCUGGAAUGGAUUGGCAGCCAACUUACUGAAGAUAGUUCCAUAUUUUGGAGUUAUGUUCGGCACCUUUGAGUUCUGCAAGCGAAUCUGUCUAUACCAAAAUGGCUACAUUGUGUCUCCUCUGAGCUAUAAACUGACCCCAGGAGUGGAUCAGAGUUUGAAACCCCAGGAAUUACGGGAAUUAAAGAAAUUCUUCAAAACUGGAAAAUUAGAGUCUAGAAAACCAACUCUUUAAAACCAAAUGGAACUAGAAGUGCACUGACUGAAGGCAUAUUGCAAUCACAGAUAAAUGUAGCCUCAUAAUUGCACAUGAAUGGAGAAAUGAUAACAGUCAGCCAUAUGCCACCUCUAAGCUCCAAACUGAUAUCCCUGGGAACAACUUUGUCACUUGGUUUCCUACCAUGACAUUCCACCGAUUUUAUAACAGUAAUGAUAUGUGCCAUUUAUACAACACCAAAGAAAGGGCACUGCCAUGACAUCUCACAGUAACGUGUAGUUGAAGUGGCUGACCAGAGACCAUGUCGUGUGCUCAGUCACAGGGUCACAGCUUACACUAACCCACAUCAGCCUAGUUUUGCUCAAUCUGACCUAAGACUUCUCAAUGUAAUCAUUGUGGAACUCAUAGUCUUUGCUGACUUAUGAGUGCACACACCACAGUGUAAAUUAUGCCUUAUCAGAAGCUAAAUGGAAAUGUUUUGACAUUUAAAAGUUAUCACUAUCAUAUUAGAACCACCUUUUAUUUAAAUUUGAAGCAUCCCAGGCUUAGAAUCUUGUGUUACAAGAAGGCAGUUUUUACCAUGACUGCAUAAUUAUGCCCCAAAGGACCUUCUUCCAAUUGAAGCCAUGUAUACUUUAAGUGGCCUAAAUUCUCUGCCUUUUUAACUUGCUUUGCAAGCCUACCCUGAAAAUAAAUUAUUUAGUCAACUUAAGUUAUUCUCACAAGAUGUCCCAGUUGCCUAGAAAGGAUCAAAUAGAACAUUUGACACAUGUAUCGAAAA